AUGUCAUUCAACUUUAAUAAUUUCACUAAAGAAUUCAAAUCGUUGACUGAUAAAAUUCUGACUGAAUUCAAUACUGAAGUUCUCCCAUUGGCUCACCGGACCACUCGUUUGGUUCAAGAAAGAAUUGGUAAGGUCAAUUCUGAAGAUAUCUCCCAACUUCCAGCUGAAUAUACUGCUUUGGCAGAUAAAUGUAAUAUGCUCGAAGGAUUGUAUAAGAAAGUCUUGAAGAUCACUAAUUCCUAUGAAACUGAAACUUAUGAUUAUCCUCUGAAUUUACAAGAAUCAUUGGGGGAUUGGGGUAAAGGUAUAACUGAUAGAGUUGAGGCGUUAACCAAGGCUACUUCAACUAAAGAAGCUCAAGCAGCUUUGGUAGAUCCACAUGCUGGAGAAUAUAGACCACCAAAGACUUUCUAUCAUGCGUUAUCACGUGCCACUGAUCCCAAAAUUUUAGGGGAAGUAGAUGGAAGUAAUAAUGAUGAUGUUUUAAGAAAAGGAUUAGAAAUAUAUUCUACCAAUAUUAAUAAGAUUGCCAAUGCAAGAAUUGGACAAGAUCAAUUAAUUAAAACUAAAUUUAAUUUACCAUUAACAACUACCCUUCGAUCAUUAAUUUCUCAAUCAAAUAAUAUUCAAAGAAAAGUUGAACAAAAAAGAAUCGAUUAUGAUUUGGCAAGAGUAAAUCUUGGAAAUUGUACUAAUCCAGCCAAGGAACCUCAAUUUCGUGUUGUCAUGGAGAAUGCAGAAGAUGAAUUUGCAAACACUGUUGAGGAUGCAAUUAAUAUCAUGCAAAAUGUAUUGGAAAAUGCAAAACCAUUACAUGAAUUUUUAGAAUUGAUUAAAGCCCAAUUGGCAUAUCAUAAAUUAGCAAGUGAAUUAUUGGGAGGUAUGGUUGGUGAAUUUGAAUCAUUAAUUGAAGAGAAUGCUAAAAUUUCUAAUAAAGAUACUAGUGGUCCUGAAUCGGGUGAUUUCGACUUGUAA